AUGGUUUCCCCUUCUGAACGUAGACUUGAAAAUUUAGAAUAUAAAAAAAAUUUUUAUGUUGAUGGAAAAAAGUUAUUUUGUGAGUUUUGUCAACACGUUGUAGACCAUACAAAAAAAUCUACAUUAGACACUCAUUUAAAAUCAGAUAAACAUAAAAAAAAUGUUAGUAAAGCUGAAAAAUUAAAACUAACCUAUCAAACAACUCUUGAUACAACUAGUAUAAGUGCAAAUGAACGAGAGCUUAUUAAUAUUGCUUUAGUAAAUGUAUUUACUAAA